ACGACGACUAAGCAAGCCUCAAAAGGCAAACAGAGAGGAAGAAUCGCCACGAAAGAAGCUUAAGAAGCAAGAGAUUGAAUUUUCCCUUCAUUUUUCUAUUCGUUCUCACACGUCUUUCACCAUUUUCUAUUAUAAAAAUGCUCUUUUUAGACUUUUUGGUUUCAUUUGUUUAGUGGGCACCGAAAAAGUCAAGACCUUUUGCUUUCCAGGUAAGGAUCUAUCACCAGUAACCUCUUUUCUUCUUCUUCUCCUCACGAUUUCUCCUCAAUUGUACUGUUUUCAAUCGAAAUUUUUCUCCUUUUUGGGUGAUUUGUUUAGCUGAUUGAUUGUGGAUUGCAGGUAAAUUUCGAAGAAUCUGGCGUGUUCAGGUGGAUUGAUUCUUGCGAUCUGACCCUUCUCAUGAUUAGUUUUCGAUCUUCGAAUAGACCAACUGCGAGAUUCUCAUCUAUAACUCCGUUUUCCUAUUCAAUUUCUUAUCUCUUUCUACCAUCCAACGUCUUCUUCAUACGCUACUUCAAUUGCUCUAGAUUUCGCCUCAAAAUCUGACCCUCUUGUAGCUUGAAGCCACCCAAAGUCUCGUCUUUUACGUGUUCGAUUAGGUCAUUUUGAAACUCUGUUCUUAGAAUUAGGAAGGAAUAAAAUGGCUGACCGAAACUGGUUGAUUUCGUUCGAGGAUCUUCCUUCUCAUUUGAUCUUGGAGGUGUUGACCUCUGGGAAGCUUAGUGCGGUUGAUCUACUUAGCUUGGAAUUGACCUCUAAGGUUUUCGGAGGGAGCCAUGGAUUCUACCCUUUAAAAUUCAGAUCACUAGCUGAUUAUGCGGCGUCUCAGCUUUGCUCUAUGCAUCCUGUCUAUGUGGGAAUGGGUUUGACUACACAGAAAGAGCUCUUUGCCAAUUGUGAGGGAAACUGGAAGCGGCUUUUGAGUUUCUUACAGUCAGUUGAGCAAUCCUCAGAUAUGGUUGAAACCUCUCAAGGCAAAAUGCAAAUUGCAACAGGAAAGUAUCACACUUUGCUAAUCAACAACUCAAAGGUUUAUUCUUGUGGUGUAAGUUUGUCCGGUGUUCUUGCUCAUGGCCCUGAAACUACUCAAUGCGUAGCAUUUACGCCUAUAGAGUUUCCGUUCCCUGCACAAGUGGCUCAAGUCUCAGCCACACAGAACCAUUCUGCUUUCGUAUUGCAAUCUGGAGAGGUUCUCACUUGUGGGGAUAAUUCAUCGCAUUGCUGUGGUCAUUUAGAUACUAGCCGUCCAAUAUUUAGGCCUAAGCUUGUUGAGGUUUUGAAGGGGACUCCUUGUAAGCAGGUGGCUGCUGGGCUUCACUUCACUGUGUUUCUAUCAAGAGAAGGGCAUGCGUAUACUUGUGGAUCAAAUACACAUGGGCAGCUUGGUCAUGGCGAUACUAUGGACAGACCAGCACCCAAAGUUGUUGAGUUUCUUAAAAACAUUGGCCCUGUGGUGCAAAUCGCAGCUGGACCCAGCUAUGUUUUAGCUGUAACACAGGAUGGCUCGGUUUACUCGUUUGGCUCUGGUUCUAACUUCUGUCUUGGUCAUGGAGAGCAACAGGACGAGCUCCAGCCGCGUGUUAUUCAGGCUUUUAAAAGAAAAGGUAUUCAUAUACUCCGUGUCUCUGCUGGCGAUGAACAUGCCGUGGCACUUGAUUCCAAUGGCCGUGUCUACACAUGGGGUAAAGGUUACUGCGGUGCUCUAGGCCAUGGAGACGAAAAUGACAAGAUCACUCCUCAAGUUUUGGUCAAUCUCAAGAAUUGCCUAGCUGUCCAGGUGUGUGCAAGAAAAAGGAAGACUUUUGUUUUGGUGGAAGGUGGAUUAUUGUAUGGAUUUGGGUGGAUGGGGUUUGGAAGCCUUGGGUUCCCGGACAGAGGAGUUUCAGACAAAGUUCUGAGGCCAAGAGUAUUGGAGUGUCUGAAACCACACCGUGUCUCUCAAGUUAGCACUGGUUUGUAUCACACCAUUGUGGUCACUCAAGGUGGUCGGAUUUUUGGAUUUGGAGAUAACGAAAGAGCUCAGCUUGGUCACAACUCACUCCGCGGGUGCUUAGAACCAACCGAAAUCUUUCUCCAUUGUGGCCGUUCUCGUAGCCGGCUUUGUUGAUCCAAGGUAUAGAUAAACAACCCUGUUUGUAUGAACCUGAUUGAGAUUGGAUUUACCGGUUAGUGUAUUUUGUAUUGAUUUGUAUCUGUUUGAUUUUUCAAGUUGUGCGAGUAAUAGAAGAUAUUUCCGGAUCACUUUACCGCA